AUGGUGACUCAAGCAAAGAAGCUAGUGAAUGCGAGCAAAAAGUUUGUAUUGUUAUUCACCAGGCCUUAUGAGGAGCAGCUGAGUAGGGUGUGCAUGACUACCUUGAGCAAGCUUCAGGAGGGAGAUCUUGACAGGUUGAAGACCAACAGGACCUGGGAGGAGAAUAUUGUUCAUGUCGAGAAGGUGUUUGAAGUGCUACAGAAUGGACAGCUUAAGCUUAAUGGGAAGAAGUGUAAAUUUGGGAAGGAUGAGUUGGUGUAUCUUGGCUUCAUCGUGAGGAAGGGCCAGCGGAGGAUAGAUCCAAGUAAGGUGGUGGUGGUCACAAAGUGGUCGACACCUAGGACAGUGACGGAGGUGAGAAGCUUCAUGGAAGCUUGUCAGUAUUUACACAAGUUCAUUCGGCAUUUUUUGACUUAUGCGGCACCUUUACAUGGCCUUAUGAAGGUGAAGGUUCAGUUUGAGUGGGGGAGGACACAUGAGGAAGCUUUUCGGUUACUAAAGAAGAAGAUCUCGGAGGCACCGGUGUUGGCAUUAACGAAUUUGUAG